AACGGCCUGUCAACUGCUUCCCUGCCUCUACUCUGUAGUUUAGUUGCCUGUAGUCCCUGUAUAAGCAUUUCGUGGCCGGUCGUACCAAGUCUGUGCUGUGCGUUCACCACAUACCAUGUGCUGCUGCAAUGAGCUCAUACGCGGUAGUAGCAAGUGACAACCGUAACCAAACCAUGACGUAUCACUCAAUCAGGACCAAACGGAUAACCUGACGCUAUUCGCACCUUUGAACCAAUGAGAUGCCGCCAGUCAGCGACGAUACCCACGAGUAGAUGUUGUUUUGGUGCUUCGCAGUUCAUUGUUUUGAACGUUCAGUGUUAUGACCAGCUUAUAUUUAUCAGUUAGUGCCGGAAUGCUGGGAUAAAAAUAUCACGAGUCAAUGCGCUUUGGAAACCGCCAGCAAAAUAUCUCCUUGCCGUCGGACCAACACGUGGGGUUCUAAUUAACAAUUUUUUCUAAGAACGAUCAUAAUGUAUUGUUUUGACUCUCGUGACAAUGCAGGAGUGCUAAAGUGCGACACGUUUAUCGAGUUCAUUCCGCUGGACUGUUGUUACUACAAAUAAAGGAUUAUAUUUUGAAGAGGAUACACCGAGCUUAUCGUUGGCGUCUUGGUGCAAUAAGUGAUGUGAAUUUUCAGUGCGAUGCCCGAAAAGGAGACGGAUUUUCAGACUGCAAUGUCUGCCGGUUUACCGCUCCAAUUUCCUUCCGCUUUCGCGGCUUUUCAUGCGCCUCUGCCUGUCGACCAAAGGACUCACGAAGGGAGGUACAUAUGGGAUCCCAGGAUGCAGCCUCCAAGCGCUCCAAGUUUCCACCCUCCUGCACCGCCACCAGGAGUAAGCGGAGGUCCAGGAGGUGGAUUUCAACUCCUUGGACGGGAAUUCCACCCUGCCUACCGCCUGCCAACCCAUAUGGAGUAUCUGUAUUCGCUCCAGCAUUCUACCGCCAAUUCUAUUCAUGGAUUAGGAUUGUCAUCCGAAUACCUCAGCACAAGGGGCCUCACCGAACUUCACCCAUCCUCCACCCUUACUAGCGCUGAAUUUCCCUUUAGUAUAGAUGGUUCAAGACUAAACAGCCCCCGACCAGGCAGCAUAAGGCAGUCGAGGAAAAGAGCAUUGUCCUCGUCCCCGUAUUCUGACUCCUUCGACAUAAAUUCUAUGAUAAGAUUUUCCCCGAAUUCCCUGGCAUCUAUCGUAAAUGGCUCCAGAUCCUCCAGCGCCAGUGGCUCCUAUGGACAUUUGUCCGCGGGCGCGCUCAGUCCUGCCCUCAGCAUGCACCAUAGCAUGCACCUUCAACAGAUACAGGCGCAUUUGAUGAGGAGUGGGGGUUCGUUGUUACCCCUUGCUCCUACUGCCCCACCUCCACACCCAAUGUAUUCUUUGGGACAUCACCCCUUGCACAUUACUUCCUCCCUCAACAACUCAAAGACUGAUCUCACAGACCAUCGAAAGAAGUCUGAUACAAAUACGUUAACGCAAGUUGAUGUGGAAUCUUUAUCAACAGUGAGAAAGGUCAAGGUGAAAAAAGAGCCAUCAAAUGGCGGUCUGCAAUGUGGAUCCUCGGCUGAUGUUGCCAAUGACCAAAUGGAUCUCAAAGACGAACCUGGUGAUUUUAUCGAGACCAAUUGCUAUUGGAAAGACUGUGGCAUCGAAUUCUCAACUCAGGACGAACUAGUUAAGCACAUAAAUAAUGGACAUAUACAUGCUAACAAGAAGUCGUUUGUUUGCCGGUGGGAUGGAUGCUCCAGAGCGGAAAAACCUUUUAAAGCUCAGUAUAUGUUGGUUGUUCAUAUGAGGAGACAUACUGGAGAAAAACCUCACAAAUGUACAUUUGAAGGCUGUGUAAAAGCAUACUCUAGAUUAGAAAAUUUGAAGACUCAUCUCCGAUCACAUACAGGAGAAAAGCCAUAUACUUGUGAAUAUCCUGGCUGUUCUAAAGCUUUCAGCAAUGCAUCCGACCGAGCGAAACAUCAAAACCGAACACACAGUAAUGAGAAACCAUAUGUUUGUAAGGCACCUGGUUGUACAAAACGUUAUACAGACCCAAGUUCUCUAAGAAAGCAUGUCAAAACAGUUCAUGGAGCUGAAUUCUAUGCGAACAAGAAGCAUAAAGGAUUAGAUGGUGGUGCUGAUGAUGGUCCUGCUGGACUUGAUUCAAGUCCAAGAAGUGAAGAUAUGCAAAGCCAUAAAACAGCUAGUCUCAGCAGCCCUAGCAUCAAAUCUGAGUCUGAUGUCAAUUCGCCUGGACAGCAACAGGGAAGUCCACUGGGUAUAACUCAACUGGCUGGCAAUUGCAAUGAUGAUUUCUCCAAUGAUGUGUCAACGGGAAUGCAGAGAUCUUCAGGUGCUAUGGACGAUCCAUCUUGGCCUUACGAGGCGGAAGAUCUCGAGAUUGAUGAUCUUCCUGUUAUUCUACGUGCAAUGGUCGGAAUUGGUUCUGAGCGAGGAGGUGGAGGAGGAGUAGCAAUCAGCGAACGACCGAGAACAAGAUUGAAACCUAGAAUCCAGGUGAAACCACCACUUUCUCCAAUGUUACCACCCCAAAGAAAGAAUAUCGGUAUUACUGAUUUGAACAAAAGAAUAACAGACUUGAAAAUGGAAAAUGGGAUUAGCCAGCAAAUGCAACCCAAAUCUCCCAUGACAGAUCUACAGCAAAGGAUUCAGCUGAACAAUACUCAAGUACAAAUUAGAAGAGAUAGUAAUUCUACUGUUAGUUCCUAUUAUGGCAGUAUGAGAAGUGCAGAUAUGAGUAGAAAAAGCAGUCUUGCUUCGCAAGGUUCCAGUUUAAGACCAGGUGUGGGUCCUAGCUCAUUUUAUGAUCCAAUAUCAGCAGGAACAUCAAGAAGAUCUAGCCAACUGUCUACAAAUACAAAUGGCGGUAGUUGUAUACCACCUUCCCCACCAUCUCAGUUACUUGCUGGUCAACUGCAACGACUGCAGAAUUCUUGCAAUAAAUUGACAAAUAACUUAGUACUCCAGACUCAGAGUGCAUCACUUCAACAAACUGCUGCUCAGCAGACUUGGUUCAAUAAUUUAGAGAACUUAACCAGCUCAAAGACAACAGUCAGCACAGAAGGCAGAAGGAUGUCAGAACCUUGUCAUACAUUGAGUGAUCGAAGAAGCCCUCCACCAAGGCCAGCAUCUGUAACAUUAUCCCCCCUCAAAGGUUCCACAAGCCUAACAGACCUACAUCCCAACCAAGCAGUGAACUUGGAUGAAGUGGGUGAAAGUGAGAUGGUUGAGAAUAAACUCGUGAUUCCAGAUGAGAUGGUUCAUUAUCUGAAUCAAGUAGCAGAUACACAAAAUGGUCCUGAUUUCAACCCUUCAAUGAGUUGGAGUGAAACAGUCCAGAAGCCACUUGCGAGUCCUAGUCAGAUUCUGCCUUCACCACCCAGUUUGAAUCAGAUCAUUCCAUCUACGAAUAUCAGUCAGUCUCCCUCCAAUAUAAAUCAGUUACUUCCAUCGCCGCAAAAUUCCAAUCUGAUGUCGCCCCAGGGCCAAGUCAUGCCUUCGCCAGGUGGUUUGAGUCAAAUGGUGCCUUCUCCUGGAAAUUCUAACUUGAAUCAAAUGUUACCAUCACCUUCAUCCAAUUUGAAUAAUAUGAAUCAGAUUAUGCCAUCCCCUGGUUCUAAUAUGAAUCAGAUGAUAGGAUCUCCAAUGUCUAAUUUGAACCAAAUGGCAUCCCCAAUGUCCAACAUGAAUCAGAUGGUGGGAUCUCCAAUGUCAAACUUGAGUCAGAUGGUGGCAUCUCCACAGAACAUUAACCAGGUUGCUGCUUCUCCAGGAUAUAACAAUAUCCAGAAUCCUCUGAUGUCACCCAUUUCAAAUGUUAGUCAAAUGGUAAUGUCACCCUCAGGAAUGGUGCCAUCGCCAAUGAGAUGUCCCCCUCAAGCAAUUAUGUCACCAAAUAACCAACAUCAAAUGAAUCAGGCUAAUGCACAACAUCCAAUGAUGAAUACUCCACAACAAAUGAUGCCCCAGAAUAUGCAGAACAACGGAGAUCAACAGAUGAAUAUGAAUUAUUGUUACAACCAAGGAAUGCAAAAUCACAAUAUGAUGCAUAAUAUGUGUUACAACAUGCAACAUAGACACGGUAAUAAUUGGAAUAAUCACCCUGGCCAAUCAUUACAAAAUCAAAUGUGUCAUCCAAAUGCAAUGGCUCAUCAUCAGAAUGAUCAUCAUAGCAUGUGUUCCCAAUAUGUGAACCAAUGUCAACCACAAAUACAUUCAACGAACAAUUUCAAUAUGUGUAAUCAAAAUUACAUGCAAAACAAGUGCCAAAAUGAAACAAGUAAUAACUUUACCUGUAAUAGCAAUUCAAACAUGUAUCAGCAAUCACUCAGAAGCCCUAAUUAUCACAACUGUGUUCCAAAUAUGAAUAAACCUCUAGCUUCUCCUGCCAUGGCUACCCCAGCUCCAACAGAACUAUCAUAUCAAACCCAAAGCUUUGGGGGAAGGCCAAAGUGUCAUCAUACCCAAAAUUGUUACCAACAGUCAAUGUAUAACAUGUGCUUAUCUAAUUCUCAAAAUGUUAUGUCCCAAACUCAGUCGUGUACAAAUUGUAACUGUCAACGACACCAAAACUAUCAACAAAAAUGUCUUGACAACAGUGAAAUACAGUGCAAAGACAUUAGUCAGUCCCAAAUGUCACCAGGCAUAAUAAAUCAAAACCAACCAAAAGAGCCACAGAAUGCUAAUAUGAACAAUUCUAAUGCUGUACAACCAAUUGGAAUGAGGCAAGAUACAUAUCAAAGGACCUUGGAAUAUGUUCAGAAUUGCCAAUCAUGGGUUGGCAAUUCUGAUGUUGUUACUAGCAGUACUCAUCCCUUGGCGAAAAUAAAAGGGGAAGAUACUUGUUCCAAUAUGGUAGUUAAUGAUAUGACAUCGUCACUUAGUUCUCUCUUGGAAGAAAAUAGAUAUUUACAAAUGAUUCAAUGAGGAAAUUGAAAUGAAUUUUGUUUUAUAAUGGCUAAAAACGUUUCAAUCUAAAAUUUAAAAACAACCUGUAAAAAAUUGUUAUUUCAUGAAUGUUGAUUUAUUGGAAUCCCCUGCAAACACAUAUUAUUGUGAUCCUUCGAUUCAUUCAAUUUUUUUCUUAUUGUAAUAUGUACUCUGUAAAUUAUUGUGAUAUAGGUAUUGAGCAAUAUUUAAUUUUAGAAAUGGCUUUAAAAAUGUACAUAAUAUAUUAUUUUGUCUAAUGUACACAUCUCUGUCCAUAGUUAUUCAAUAUUGAUGUUAAAUUAUGUAGAUUAAAUAUUAUCACUAAAAAAUUGGCGUUUCUGUGCCAUGUAAUGAUAUUCGUAUAUUCUAAGGAAAGAUUGUUUUUCAGGAAUAAGAGAAAAUAUAUUUUGUAAUUGCGUUUUUGAUGAUUACUAAAUAAAAUAUUUGCUUUAAAUAUGUAAA